CUCUAUAAUCUGACAUAUUUCGAGGUACAAUGGCAGCCACUACACUCUCGAACUCCUUCUCGGCAGGAGAUAAUUCCACAGCCGUCAUCAUACCGAGCAAGCACAAUCCUCUCACAGUCUCAUACAAACAACUCUCCGCCGAAAUCUCCUCUUUCCAGAACAAGCUUGCAAAGCUCGGCGUAACACCUCAAGCUGCAGUCUCAAUUGCUCUUCCGAAUACAUACGAAUUUAUCGUUGCGUUCCUCGCCAGUGCCUGGCAAAGAGGCAUUGCAGCUCCUCUCAAUUCGGCGUAUAAGCAGGAGGAAUUCGAGUUCUACAUCGAUGAUCUGAAGUCCGCCGCCGCCCUUGUGCCCAAGGGCUCAUAUGCAAAGGAAGGCCCUGCUGUACGAGCAGCGAGGAAAUACAAUGCCGCCAUAGCAGAAUGUUACUGGAAUGGCCAAGAAGUUGUCCUAGAUGUGAAGGAGGAAGGAAAGCUGAAGGGGAAAGGCAACCAGAAAGUCGAAAGGGCACAACCAGAUGACAUUGCUCUGGUCCUCCACACCAGUGGCACAACAGGACGUCCCAAAGCAGUGCCAUUGACACACAAGAACCUCACACGAACGAUGAAGAACAUCAAGGCAACAUAUGACCUCUCGCCCGCCGAUCGUACAAUGCUCGUCAUGCCCCUAUUCCACGUUCACGGCCUGCUCGCAGGUUUCCUGGCUCCCUUAUAUAGCGGCGGAUCCGUCAUUGUACCGCCCAAGUUCUCUGCUCAUGACUUCUGGGACGACUUCAUCACCCACGGUGCCAAUUGGUACACAGCAGUUCCUACAAUCCACCAGAUCCUCUUGAAGAACCCACCACCGCACACCAAGCCAAAGAUCAGAUUCAUCCGCUCAUGUUCCUCGCCGUUAUCACCAACCGUCUUCCAUCAGUUGGAAGCAGCAUACAAUGCCCCCGUCCUAGAAGCAUACGCCAUGACCGAGGCCGCUCAUCAAAUGACCUCGAACCCCCUCCCACCGGGAAAACGACAACCAGGCUCAGUAGGAAUCGGCCAAGGAGUAGAAGUCAAGAUCCUAGACCAAGAAGGAAAAGAGGUACCCCAAGGCUCCGAAGCAGAAAUCUGCAUCCGCGGCGAGAACGUCACAAAAGGCUACCUCAACAACCCCUCGGCGAACGCCUCCUCCUUCACAAAGGACGGUUUCUUCCGCACCGGUGACCAAGGCAAGCUCGACAAAGACGGCUACGUAUUCAUCACCGGCCGAAUCAAGGAACUGAUCAACAAAGGCGGCGAGAAAAUCAGCCCCAUCGAACUCGACAACGUCCUCGCCCGACACCCCAAAGUCGGCGAGGCCGUCAGCUUCGCGAUCCCGGACGAGAUGUUCGGACAGGAAGUCGGCGUGGCCAUCGUGCCCAAGAGCGGACAACACAUCAGCGAAGAAGAACUGAAGAAAUGGGUUGCGGACAAGCUCGCCAAGUUCAAGGUCCCCAAGAAGGUCUAUUUCACAGACAACAUGCCCAAGACAGCCACUGGCAAAAUCCAACGACGCAUCGUAGCAGACACAAUGAUGAAGCAAGACCAACCGAAAGCGAAAUUGUAA